GGAGAUCAAUUUAAAUCCCCAACAUGCUGAAGAAGGAACAGAAGCAGAGACUGGUCAGGAGAUAGUGAGCCCCGAGAGCUAUAUCAAACACCCCCUCCAGAACAAGUAAGAUGACCCAGGCUACUGCUCUUUAAAAAACAUUGUUCGUUACAGGCUGCUGCUCCGUGGUAAGGAAACUUUUCCAGCAAAAGGCCUCCGGGUAGUUGUUUCCUGUAAGAGUGGUGGGUAUUAAUCUGAUGAUGUAAAUCCCACCAGUUUGCAGUGUUGGUCAGCACAGCUGCCAAUGCCAAGCACCAAUUCAAUCUUGUGUAUUACCUCUUUGAGCUCACGUCCCCUCAGGUAAUAAUAAUAAUAAUAAUAUGCCAUUUAGCAGACGCUUUUAUCCAAAGCGACUUAGUCAUGCGUGCAUACAUUUUUACGUAUGGGUGGUCCCGGGGAUCGAACCCACUACCUUGGCGUUACAAGCGCCGUGCUCUACCAGCUGAGCUACAGAGGACCAGGCAUGGUGACUUCACAGUGGUAAUAUCAUGACCCAAACCUAAAGAUGUGACUUUGGCUUAUAAGAGUGUUCAUACCACCACAAGCUGAGGCUGUUGUGUGUGAUUACCAACCAUGCAUUGCCCUUUGUUACAGCAGUCAAGCUCCGUUGAACUGCCUAAGGAUUUUACAUUGAAUGAAUGUCACAAAGCAAUGAACCGUGUCAAAAUGUUUUCCCCCUCAUCCAUAAGGUCCUAAUUUGCUUUGAGGCUUAUAGGCUGUUGAUUACUUUUGUUUACCAUGCAUUUAAUUAGCCAGUGUUUACUUUAUGCAAAUCCCAUUUCUGUUUUGCCCCAACAGAUGGUCUCUCUGGUUCUUCAAAAAUGAUAAGACCAAAACAUGGCAGGCAAAUCUCCGUCUCAUCUCCACAUUUGACACUGUUGAAGAUUUCUGGGCGUAAGAAUCAAUAAGACUAAAGUUGUUUUCGUUUUCUGACGACAAGGAUUGAAUGAAUAUGAAAAGGAUGAUUUGAGAUUAUACCAAAAUGUGUCUUCAUUCAUCAUGUUGAUAGCAUUCAGUUGUCAGUCAUCCUUCCCACUAAUAUACUGCAAUUGUGUGUAUUGUACUAACACAAUUCUUGUCAUUUCAGUCUCUAUAAUCAUAUUCAGUUGUCAAGCAAUCUGAUAUCUGGAUGCGACUACUCCCUCUUUAAGGUAAGUUUGUGGCAUUUCAAAAAGCAGACAAGGAACUCAUUUUAUUCCAUGUUACUACAUCUUUGCAACUUAAUUGUGAAUUGUACCUGGAACAAAGUUGUUCAGGACUGUUCAGCCAUGUCCUCUUCUCCUGUGGUGUUAAUGCAAGUAAAGCUGUGUCUCUCCUCUGGUGUGACAGGAUGGCAUUGAACCCAUGUGGGAGGAUGAGCGGAACAAGCGCGGAGGGCGCUGGCUGAUCACUCUCAGCAAGCAGCAGAGGAGACAAGACCUGGACCGCUUCUGGCUAGAAACCGUGAGUUAGUGGGUGUGUGUGUGUGUGUGUGUGUACGCAGACAAUUUGGAAUGAAAUGCAGCCUUCAUCUUCUCCCUGUGUGGCUGGAUUAAGGAAUUCUGUGAUGCCACUGAAAUGUUAAUGUGUGGUUCCAUAUUUUCUCCUGACACUUCACCUGUCCAGCUUCUCUGCCUUGUUGGGGAGACUUUUGAUGACUAUAGUGACGAAGUGUGCGGAGCAGUAGUCAAUAUUCGCUCGAAAGGAGACAAAAUCGCCAUCUGGACGGCAGACUUUGACAACAGGGAAGCCAUAACACACAUUGGGUAAGUUAGAUCAAUGGGAAGUUAAUGUUUGUUAGUUGUCGCUCCAACUUUGAUCAGGACUCAGGAAAAUGUGCUGACUUACUAAAGAGUGUGUAUAGUCUUAGUAUUUGUAAAUUAUUUUGGCCUUGGUUAAAUUACUAAGAUCAAAUACAACAAAGUUUGUUGCUACCACCUCCCUUCGAAUAUGGCCAUCUGUGUGACAACAGGAGAGUGUAUAAGGAGCGCUUGGGAAUCCCCAUGAAGAUGACCAUUGGCUACCAGUCCCACUCUGACACUUCCACCAAGAGCGGCUCCACCACCAAAAACAAGUUUGUGGUCUGAAAAUGCACCAGGUGCCUUGUUUAUUUUAAAUUUUUUUGGUCUACAUUUCAUUGUGGGUGCAUUUGUUUACGUAGCUGCAAUGACUGCGUGACAAAAUCUGGGAAAAACUCAUGACUAUAUACCAAAACAACAGAAACAGUCCUGGACCUUAACACAGGAAACACUUGCACAACAAGGACACACUACUUUCUCUGGAACCCCCCCCCCCCCCCCCCACACACA